GGAUAGAGUGACGUAAGGUGAAGGUAACAAACACCAUGUAGUAUUUAAGCAUAUAUCAGUGGCAACCAUGAUCCUUAGUCUGGGGAAGAUUGUCGAUGAAAUUACCACUGGACACUGCACAGAAAUUGAUAUUUGGGACAAAUUGGUGCAUUAUUUCACUGAAUAUUGGGAUGGAGAUGAUGACAUAUUUCAGCAGGUUUUAAACUUGUCUAGGCGACAGUUAGGUGAACAAACUCAAACCAUCGCUGACACUGCUGCAUUCUUUAAAGCUUUGGAAAACAACUUCAGUGACAAGAAUGAUCUGUUGGAAUUCUUAAUAAAUCUCACUGGAUACUUAAACUACCAUACAGAGUUAGGAUCCGUUAAUGUAAAUAAACACUUGAAAGAUUGCCGAGAGAACAUAAGACGGUUUAAGCGAGAAUGUAUAAGGAGAGGAAUUUUCAGAGACAACAAUUUUGUUGGCAGAGAAGAUCAAAUAGCUAAGAUUAAAAAUGAAAUCGAGAAAGGACACACUAAAGGGAUUCUUGUUUGUGGUUUGGGAGGAAUGGGAAAAACCUGUCUGGUCAAUACAGUUUGCUAUGAACUACGAAGUGAAAAAUGGAAAACAAUUAAAUUUGAAUUAAGGGAACAAAGAAGCUUUAGACAUUUCCUCCGUACAACUAUAAACAAAUUCAGAGAGUUACGGUGGUAUAGUUUAGGCAAAGUUUCACACAUAGUCAAUGAGGAAGAAAAUGAGGUUAAGGAUGAGAUUCUUGUUGAAGAAAGUAUCCUACAACAGACACUUUUAGAUUAUUUCCAAAAACAGCUGGGAAAUGAAGACACUGUUAGCAAAAAACAAAUAUUAAUGUUUGAUAACAUUGAUGAUGUCACUACGAAUCCCGAAGAGAAGACAAAGCUUUUAGCAUUUUUCAAAUCUCUACUCGAGAUGAUGCAAAAAAGAAAAACAUGUAUGAUUAGAAUUAUCAUUACUUCCCGGGAUAAUUUUCUGUUGACAACUGGACAUGAUAUGGUACAUUGUCUGGUCAAAGUUGAAGUAAACAGUUUGAACAGAGAAAGUGCAAAUCACCUAGUGAGAAAAUGCACAAAACAGAUCAGUCUUAAACAAACGCAUGUUAACUUCAUUGUUCGAGUCUGUGGAGCAUGUCCUUUGGCUCUUCGAGUUAUAUGUGAUGCGAUUAAUAAUGCUUCUAACAUUGACCAUUUGAUAACAUUUCUGGAAAGAAGAACAGAAUCAAUUUCAACAUCUGUUUUAAGUAUGACCGAUUGUUUGAAUCAACCAUUUAAAAAUCUUGGUGACCACAAGUUUACACUCUGUAAGCUAUCAUUGUUCGGUACGUCCAAAUUUAGCCUUAGAUCAGCCGCUAUCAUUGACCAAAAUGAACCGGGCAAAGAUAAAAGGAAUGAAUCUGAAAGUUUAGUUGAUUUGAAGAUUACUCUUCUUCUUUUUAAAAGUCGACAUCUUAUUGAAAUUGAAAAUGAAGUGGUGGACGAAAGUUGUACAGAAGAGCUGAAAAAUGAGUCCGAAGUCUAUAUGGCUGACCAAGAAAUAUUUUCACUUCAUCCGUUGGUACACAAGUUUUUACAAGAAAAAGAGCGCGAGGCUGAUAUAGCACUGGCAUUAGAAAAAGCGAAAUUAAAUUACUUCAUUCUUUUUGAUGAGCUUGUUUUAAAAAUAGGUCAAGAAUAUGAUAUAAAUGUAUUGACUGCAAGAGAAAAAUCUGAAAAGUUGACAGUACACAUUGCGAAAUAUAUACAGUUAAUGGAAAGUUAUAAGAAUGUGUCGAAUCUUCCAAUCAUGCAAGAUUUGACAUCAACUGAGGAUACAAAACACAGAAAUAAUGUUGCUCUGAUGAUCCUUAAACCAGAGCAACACCUUUCUUUUAUUCAAAAAAUUAGCCACAAGAACUGGUCUAAUCCUGUGGUAAAGGUUUCAUGGGAGGUAGAGUACGUUACAGCUAUGAUUAGACAUGAGCAACCCUGUAUUGAUAUUGACAACACAUGCAAUGAUAUACUCAAUGCGAUCAAUGAUAUUCAAAAAGACGACUUGAGUGAUACGGAGAAAUCGCAACUACUUAUUUUGCAUGGUAGGAUGCUUUACAAUUGUGGUCGUCUUAAAAUGGACAUUGAUUCAAAAGAGUCGGAGAUGUAUUUUUAUAAAGCGGAAAAAGUUUUUAAAUGUAAUGAGUUACGACACAAGCAAGAGCGGAAGAAAUAUCUGGCAGAUAUUUAUAACUGCUUAGGAUGUAUCUUUUAUCGACUGGAAGAAACUGCAAAGGCUAUACAUUUCCAUCAGAAGGCUCUCGACAGUCAACAUAAAAGUCACAGUCAAAAUGAAAACACCCUAACAUUCCUUGCCAAUAUUGGAGCCUGCCAUUUUCGACUAGGAAAAGAACAUUGGCGAGAUAAAGAAAAAGAAAAAUGUAAAAGGGAGAUGGAGAAGGCACUUCAGUUUUAUAAUGAUAGUAUGACAUUAGCUGAAGAUUUGAAAAUGGACCGAACUGAUAUUUACUUGAAGAAAUUGAAAAACAGGGGUGAUGUUCUGACUAUGCUUGGUCGAUAUAAAGAGGCAAAGAAAGACUAUCAAGAGGGGCUGGACAAAGUCAUGACAUUGUAUGUUUCACCAAGUCGCCAGGAAAUUCUUUUUCUUCAUGCUCAGGGACAAUUGAUACUAAAGAUGAUUGCUGGUAAAAAAAGAGGUACUUUUUCGAGUGACUUAAUAGACAAAGAAAGAAAUCAGGAGGAUAUGUACAGCCUUACGGCCGAUGGUGUAGAAAUCUAUGAAAAAUUAAAGAGCAUGCUACAAAUUAACAUUUUCCCUGGUGAUCACGAGUCAUUUGGCCAAAUAAAGGAGAAUCAUUUAUAUUUCUUGAAACAGCAACAUGAUACUACAGAUGACACAGAGAAAUUUUACUCGGCCUACAAAACAAGAGGUCAAGAUGACGAUACAGAUUCGUCAUGUUCGACAAAAAACAGCAGCGCAGAUUCGGGUGAGGGCAGUGGAGAUGAAACUGACCUUGAACUCAAUCCACACACUCGGAGUUCACCCUGUCUUUCUGAAAAAGAAGAGGAAGGAGCAAGCAGUGAAACUAUUGUUCACGCAAAUACAAUCGACCAAACUAGUUGGAUGAUGGAAAAGAAACAACAAUUCAAAUUGCCUUUACCUGCAAAAACAAGUAUUGAUGGAAUAUAUCCACAGAAAAGAACAAACCGUCGCGAAUCAAGUUCGAGUUCAGGUGUCUCAAGUAUGGGCGGUUUUACACCAGAUGUAGAAAAGACUAGUUUUGGACACUUCCGAGAUUCUCUUCAAUCUAGUCACGAGAGUUCAUUCGAAGAUGAUUUAUUUCCAAAAACAAAGACAGAGAGCAGUGAUAGGAGAGAAGCAAAAUCAGAUCCUAGAUGGGUUGGACGGAGAUCUACAUUAUUGUCAUUCGGCUCGGGCUCGUUGGAAGAAGGCACAGUGGGUGAUGAAGAAGUUGUACACAAAGAAAAGAAACGGAAAAUAGAAACAACAGCACUUUGUAAUUCAGCAUCUUUGGAUGAAACCCAAUCCCAUGAAAAAAGUGUGAAGAAGCAUAAAUCAGAAGAUUGGAUGAUAAAAGAAAAAUUGUCUCCAUUUUUUGUAGAAAAAAUGAGAGACAGCAGUUCCCAGACAGAUUCAAGAAAUAUAGAUAACAUAGUUGACGAAUUAGAAGAUUUGAUUCACUCUGUUCAGCCAAGAAUGAGAUCUCUAAUUAAAGAUAUAGACUCAAGAAAAGCACGAUUAAUUGAUGACAUAAACGGAAGACCAACUAUUGAGUACACAGACGAAGGUUACUCUGACGAUACUGGUUAAUUAAAUCAGGUGUUGUAAGAUAGAAAUGGAAGACCAUCGUUUAUAGACGGAAUUGUGAUCUGUAUUUAACAUGUCGAGAUUAUUUAAACUGAUUGUAUUUUUUACUACUAUUUAUUAUUUACUAGAGAAUUUUUUAAAUCUAUCAUUCCUCAGAAUGGUUAAUAUUUUUAUAGAUAUUACAGCUCCAAUUCAAACUAUAUUGAUAACGAACUAUUUACUAGAGAAUUUUUGAAAUUUAUCAUUCCUCAGAAUGGUUAAUGUUUUUAUAGAUAUUACAGCUUCAAUUCAAACUAUAUUGAUAACGGACUUUCCGUUUUGAAUUUGAAUUCAGUAUUUUUGCUUUUUUACUUUUUACCAGACAUGUAAAGAAAUUAAAAGAUGACGAUUAUUGUUUUCUUAGUCUUAAGAGUGUUUUACCAUUAAUUAUGCAAUAAUGUCAGUUUUAACGUUAAAUAUCAGUGAAUUCUUUAAAGCGUAUGAUAAGCUUCUUAACAAACUACUGUACUGAGUUCAUUUUUACCCUGUAGAUAUUUCCAAAAUGUUAAGAAUCAGACCUACAAUUACAUUGAACUGCAUAUUAUCUCUGUAUAGCUAUAAGUUGAGACACUGUAUGCAUAUAUUUACAGACUUAACAAAAAUCGGUGUUCGAAAAAUACGUUUUUUUUUUCUAGCAGAUGUUUUAAUAUGACAUGCAUACAUUCCAAAAAUUGUGUGUGAAAUUUUUAAACCGAAGAUGCAAUUGAUUAUAAUUUUUAUAUAUAUUUACAUCAUCAAAGAUAUUUCGAAUGUUUUAUAUCUUAGACAUGAUCUCCGCAAAACAAUUUUUACAAACUAUUUUUAUCCACCUCGUUUAUUUUUGAAUAUCAUUUUUUAAUCUCCACAAAAACUGUGUACACAUGUUCAUAUUUAUAUAUUUUAAGUCUUGUUAAAGAGAAUGUCACAAGGACUCAUUUCUCAUAUAUUCUAAUAUAAUGACAAUAUUUUAUUACAAGUAAAUGUAGAAGGACAAACAAUUAUAUAGUAUGACAUCCUUUAAGCGCGAUCGUUAAUGUUUUGUAGACCGUUAGUGAUUUUUAUUCAGAAAUUGUGACCCUCCAAAUAAAGGCAACAGUAGUAUACCGCUGUUACACAGUCAUAAAUCCAUUGAGAAAAAACAAAUUAGGAUAACACAAACUAAAACCGAGGCAAACGCAUAAACGAUAAGAGGAAAAUAACCCCACAACAGAAACACUGAAUGCCAACAAAAACAAACGUCAUUGCUAAGAUUUGAUACGGUGUUUCAGCUGUCACUUUAUGAACAAAAUUUAUAUUACUCUAUAUGUCUAUGCAAACUUUAGUAUAACAAUGUAGAUAAUCAUUAAACAAAAUCAACAUAAGAAUAAUAAAGUCAAAAAUGACAGACCAACCACAUUCUCGCUCUUUAAUAUAUGAUGAAACAAUCUGUCGUAAAAAUUAUACUUUUUACAUGUGAAAAAGUUACCGGUUAUAUAUAUAAUGACGCAUUUAUAAAAUCUUAUCUGUUAUUAAAGACUUUCAGAUAUCUUUUAGUAAUUUUUGUUAUUGUCUACUUACGCAUAACCCACAUGUUUAUUUUCAUAAUACCGGCAGACAAACCAAUUUUACAUUAAUUCAAAAAACUGUCACAACCAUAGACUUAAUUUCAUGUUAAUCAAGUGCAUUAAAAAUAAACGCUCAUUCUGUGUAGUUGCCUGGUACAUGAUUUUCAGUGACCGUCACUUAGAUAACAAUGUGAAUGGUUUGGAAAAUUAAAUCCUAAAUUUGGCAUUGAUUUUUAAAAUAUUUUAUGGAAUUUCAAGUCAUUCCAACAUCUUUUUGUCAGCUUUUGCACGUUUGUGGAAAGUUUUUUAAACAAAUUUAUUUACCCUGAAUGAAAAUGUUAUCUAUUUAUGCAGAUUAUUCUCUACCCGAAACCAAAGCUGCCUUUUAUCAUCCUUGUCAUUUCUGUAAUGACUGAAAGUUAAUUUUUCCGGCCAAUUACGUUGCUAUUGUUUGCUAUUAUUCUCUUAUUGUUUGAUUCUAUGAUUCUAGUAAAAACAUACGUUCUUUCGAAUCUUUCUCCAUAGGAGCUUAUAACGGUUAAAAGGUACAUUAGCAAUUGGAAAACGUUUUACUAGUUGAUUUUAUGACCACAUUUACAAUUUAUUCCUUUUUUCUCAUUUCAAUCAUUCUUCAGUCUGAACAAAUAGUAACAUGUUUUUUCUAUAAUUUUUAAAAUAUAUUGCGUUCUACAAAUGUUUUUAUGUAUAACAAUUUAUAUUAAAUUUAAAUGAUGCUAUCUACUUAUAAUGAAAAGAUCUCAGAAUAAUAUUAUAAGACACAUGUACUAUGAUGUAAUUAAUCCUCUAUUGUCAUUGUCACGCACGUAAUGUUUUUUGUGUUUUUGGUAUUGAAUUAAUAUUUUCCCAUUCAUGUUUAAUAAGAUUAGAAUUGUAUAUCUUAAAAAUAUCCUUAAAAGCAGUAAGUAGCAGUUGGAUUUAUUUUUAACUUGUGAAUUUUAUUCCGCCGUUUUUUUUAAUAAAAAUUAUAAAUAAUAUAUGGAAACUUAUUAAGAGUUGUAAACAAAUUAUUGAUUAGCAUCAAUACAAAAAAUAAAUAUGUAAAUUGGUGGCAAAAAAUGCUGUGAUCGCCAUCACUGUUACAUUUGAUUCUAUUAAGAACGAAUAUUUAUUUAGUAAGAAAUGACAGACGCAUAUAAUAAAAAAACAGUAUCUGUUGAAUAUCAUGCAUUUCAUUUAAAAAUAGACAUUAUUUGUCAUUUGAUAAAGUGUGCAAUGAGUGUAUUCAUUUUCAAAUUUUGGAUGUUCUACAGGUAUUUAACCAAAGAAAUCUUUACAUAAGAUUAUUUUCAUCAUACAUUUAAUACACAUACUACCUGAUUCAGAUCGCAUAGACAGACAGUGCAUAACCUCAUAUACAGGGUGCAUAAUGAUGGUUUUGUUGGAUUUUUCUCAUAAUAUGGUUUUGUUGAUUUAUAUUACUAAAACAUAAUGCUGUGACAUUUUCAUGUUGCUUGUUAUAACAUUUGUCUGAAUGAAAUAUUUGACAAGUCAAUAACACUUUGAUUAAAUAUUAAUUUGUAUUUUCUUUAAGAUUUAAUUUGCUUCUUUUUACAUUUUGAUCUCAAUUUUAGUUCCAUUUGUUUUAUUCAAUUUUAUAAAUGUUAACCACAAACUUAAUUUCAGUUCAAUGACAAAGUAUGUCUCAGGUCAAUAUUUACAUGUAAACUAAAAUCAGCAUCAAGACAUAAGAUUAUUAACAUUUAAUUACAUUUAUAACAUAAUAUUUUUUUUACCCUUUAUCUUAUUCAUAACAAUUUGCAAUCGAGAAUAAGAGGCAGCUAAUAUCAAUAUGGGACUAAUAUUUGUUUUGUAAACAAUUCUUUACUAGUUUUUAUAGGACUGUACUGUAUAAUUAAAAUGUGUAUGGAAAAUGAAUAUAAAAGGAUGAAGUGCAUUAAUAAUGUUAUUGUUAAGAAUACCUUAAUAAAAGUAUUUUGCCUUUUAA